GUCGCGCUGGUCCUACCGAUUCCCGAAUCACCAUGCAUAAUAUCGUGUCACUCAUUCUCCCACCCCAGCAAAACUACUUAUUUUUUCUACCUUCUCGCCCACUGUCCGACAGAGUUCUCUAGAGUUUCUGUACUUGGCUCUACCCAUUCUCCGUAACGAUCAUGCAUGGACGAUACAUUCGCAUGUUCAUAUCCUGGUUGAGGCACAUUUUCAAGACGGUCGUAUUUCACUCGUACAGGAGUCUCUUCUCUGCCCUGUCGCGACUGAUCAAACAUUGUCAAUCUGCCUUUAAUGGAAAGGGGGAGCCAACGCCUUCGGUGACCCUAGCAGUGCCGUUGCCCGAAACACCUCUACAAAGCCAGGGGUGCCAACCUGGAACGAGCCUUCAGUCACAAACUCACGGCGAGCUGAAUCAAAGUGCAAAUAGCGUAGCUUAUAGCGCACAGUCUCCCAGCAAAUCUUCUGCGCCGUUGAUACCAAGUUCUAUGCCUAGGCCCAACAUCUACAAUCCCUCGGGUGUCGCCACGCCAGUGCAAUUGAUCACUUUGAUUCCCAUUGUGCCCGGCAAACAAGUCAAGCGAUACGAGAGGCAUGUUAUAGUUAAAGAUGUGGAUGCAGUGUUUGAGGUCAAGAAAGGCCCCUUAGACUGUUCAGAGGAGCGUGCUACUGUAGCAGGAUGGGAGCCGCUCACGCACCCGGAAGGGGCUUUAUUCUUCUAUUCUCCGAAAGAAAGAGUUUUCACCGAUGCCGAUGUUCGAGACCAUGUAACUGCUGCCAAAAUAGGCGAAGCCGUCAAGGAAGCGCACAGAAAAGCGUGUGAAGCAAACAUCCCCAUGGAUCCACUCGUCGAGCUAGCGUUGGAGUUCAUCAUAGCUGAUGGCGAAGAGAAGUGGGGCUACUACUUUGCCGAUCAUGACAAACGCGUCGUUUUCUGGUUCGAAGACCACAAAUCUGAUCCCCUUCUGAAUAACAUUCGAGGUGUGGAGCGCAAAAGCCACAUCAGGUAUGCACUAGAAUCGCAGUACUGGAGACAUGUCGAGCUAUUUCCAAACAAACGCUUUCUUCCGGAAAAUGCCAUCGUAAAUCUCAAAGAAAUUGUAAUGCUCGCUCAGGCAGAAAAUAUCACUUCUGAAACAUGCCUAGCACCCUUUGCUUCAAAUGAGGUUGAUAGUAUGCUCGGCCUUGUGGAUUCGCUCAUGAGUAGUGCUAACAAAGAGCGUGAACACUCCGUGUGGAUAGUCGCCCGAUUCAUGAGACUUUUCUGCAACGCCAAGUUUGUGAAUUUUUGUGGGCAACCAGGCGCCCGACUUGAUGUAGACCAAUCGUUAUAUGGAGAACCCAACGCCCUCCCAAAAUGGAUCUGUCGCUUCAUGACGUUUACGCUGUUUGGAUCCUUUGAUGCUCAGAGCAAGGCUAUUCACAAGAUAUGGGUAGAUAAAACCGUCGUUCAGCCGCGGUGGAAGAAUUUUAUCGACACGCUCACCACUGAAUGGAAUGGAUACACAAUAUAUUCCACUGUGAUGCUUGCUGUUGACAUCAGCUUCCUUGCGGUCCAAUCUGUCCAGACUCAAAUGCCAGCGACUGUUCUAGCAUAUCUGUCUAGCCUCUGCGUCUUGGGCUCAUUAGUGGUCUCAUUGGUAUUGGCUGGACAAGUUAAUGGCAGCCGGCGACGCUCCGCUAAAGAUGUGGCCUCUUUCAUGGAAGGAAUAUCGAGUUCUAUGCUUGGCCUUGAGAGCCUUGCUCUCAUGCUGAGUCUGCCGUUUGCACUUCUGAUUUGGGCAAUGGUGUUUUUUGCUGCAGCAUUUGUGGUUCGCCAUAUUGUGCCUAGUGAUGUGGCUCGUACUAGCGGCCAAUGAUAUUCACGUUUCUCACCUGAGGCCUUGGGCCGUAGAACGAUUGUUUCGGCUUAUCCAGACCUAAGCAGUCUGGGUAGACUGAUUGCUAUCACGUACGUUCUUUGUCUCGGGAACAGAAAAUGUUGAUGCGCCUCGACGACUUGUCUCAGUACGGACUCAGUUGUAUAUCUGCCACUCAACCUUCCAUGGUUUCGAAUGGAAACGCGGCACAUAAAAUCCCAUCUCAUCUUCACAUUGAGUUCUUGUGUAUUAUAAUCUAAUUGUUGAUGUCGUUUA